GCGUAGGUGAGAGCCUUUGAGAAAAAAAGGUGGGAAGCAAGCAACGAUGCCGGGACGGGAGGAAAGGACAAUUCAGACGCUAAGCAAAGCAAAGCACCCUCCAAAAAGUUUAAAAAGUAAACCCAUAAACCCGAACAGACUCCGUCCACCACAACCAUAACCAAAACCAAAACAACAAUCCUCCCUAAAGCAUCAAACCCCACUCUCUCUCUCUCGAUGGGACUCUGCUGCAGCACCCGCUCCAAGUCUGAUACGCAUGACAUCCCAAUCUCUUCCUCCUCGGACUCGCCGCCGCAUCACUACCACCCUAUACCCAUCAACUCCCUAGACGCCACCGCCCCCUCUGAACCGUCUCGGGCCAGACCACCCCCACCCUCCACUUUUGCCACUGUUCCAUCCUCUUUUUCUCCCCCAAUCGGCCCUGUUCUCGGCAAGCCUUACGUUGACAUAACCCAGCUUUACAACCUCGAGAAGGAGCUGGGUCGCGGCCAGUUCGGGAUCACCUAUCUCUGCACCGAGAAGGCCACCGGACGAAAGUACGCGUGCAAGUCCAUUUCCCGGAGGAAGCUCAUCGCUGAGAAGGAAAUUGCCGAUGUGAGAAGGGAGGUUGCGAUUCUGCAGCAUCUGAGCGGCCAGCCCAAUAUUGUGGAGUUCAAGGGCGCUUAUGAGGACAGAAGCAAUCUGCAUUUGGUGAUGGAGCUCUGCUCCGGCGGGGAGCUUUUCGACCGGAUUGCGGCCCGGGGAAGCUACUCCGAGAAGGAGGCCGCCAGGAUUGGGCGCCAGAUUGUGAAUGUGGUUCAUUCUUGCCAUUUCAUGGGCGUGAUGCACCGAGACUUAAAGCCCGAGAAUUUCUUGCUGGUGAGUCGGGAUGAGUCUGCUCCUUUGAAGGCCACGGAUUUUGGGCUCUCCGUCUUCAUAGAGAAAGGGAAAGUUUAUAGCGACAUUGUUGGAAGUGCUUAUUAUGUUGCCCCAGAGGUGUUAAAUAAGAACUACGGGAAGGAGAUAGACGUGUGGAGUGCUGGAGUCAUUCUGUACAUUCUUCUAAGUGGAGUGCCCCCAUUCUGGGCUGAGACUGAGAAAGGCAUAUUCGAUGAAAUUCUCAGAGGCCAAGUUGACUUCCGAAGCCAGCCAUGGCCUUCCAUAUCAACCGGUGCAAAGGAUCUUAUCAGGAAAAUGUUAACAAUGGAUCCUAAAAAGCGGAUAACUGCUGCCCAAGCCAUCGAGGAUCCAUGGCUGAAAGAAGAUGGUGAAGCCUCAGAUAAACCGCUUGAUAAUGUUGUUCUAGUUAGAAUGAGGCAACUCAGAGCAAUGAACAAGAUGAAAAAGCUUGCUCUAAAGGUUAUUGCUGAAAAUCUUUCAAAAGAAGAAAUCCAGGGCUUGAAACAAAUGUUUGACAACAUGGAUACUGACGGGAGUGGCACAAUCACAUUAGAAGAACUCAAAACUGGAUUGUCUAAGCUGGGAUCAAAGCUUACUGAAAGUGAAAUAAAGGCACUGAUGGAUGCUGCUGAUGUUGACCAGAAUGGGACGAUUGAUUACAUUGAAUUCAUCACUGCUACCAUGCAUCGGCAUAGGCUUGAGGAAAAAGAGAACUUGUACAAGGCUUUUCAGUUCUUCGACCAGGAUGGCAGCGGGUUCAUUACGCGAGAUGAGCUGAGACGGGCCAUGACUCAAUACGGAAUGGGGGACGAGGCCACUUUGGACGAAGUGCUUGAGGACGUCGAUACUGAUAAAGAUGGAAAGAUUAAUUAUGAGGAAUUUGUAGCCAUGAUGAGGAAGGGAACACUGGAUGAUAACGAGCUACAGCAACUACGGGUUUAGCCUCCUGUCUGUACCACGCUAAAACCAGUGUGAAUCUUUCGGUUCCUUCUGUUGCUUGCAAGUAAAUUAAGCUUUUCUUCUACUCUUGCCUUGUCUGUCAAAUGUGUAAAUUGUUCCAAUGGUUAACAACCAUCCUCUCUGCUGUAUAAUAUUCUUGUAAUAAUCAUCAUCCUAUAUGAAGGAAAGAAAGCAAUUGCUUCUGCCUACUUUGCUCUGCUCACUAGUUAAAGCUUUUAGC